AGCCCUGGCCCGGCCCCGCUGUUUGCUCACGCAGGAGGGGUUUGGUCGCGGGUUCACCUUGACCGGCAGCCAACGGGGCAGCGGCAGGUACAGAUCCCAACCGGAGCCAUCCCGGCACCCCCGGAGCCGGGCGGCUGCAGCGGACACCGGGAGGCGCAGGGCGCAGCGGCGAUGGCCGAGAGCCACGGCUGGUGGAAGCUGACGUUCCUGCGCAAGCGGCAAGCGGCACCCACGGUGCUGUACGAGAGCCCCGACAGCCUGGGUGCCGGCACCGGUGCCGGUGCCAGCCAGGAAGGGCCGGGCCCGGAGGGGCCGCCCGGGUUGGCGGCGCGGCUGGAGAAGCUGGUGGACAAGAGCAGCAAGGGCAAACACGUCAAGGUCUCCAACUCGGGGCGCUUCAAGGAGAAGAAGAAAGUGAGGGCGACGCUGGCCGAGCAUCCCAACCUCCGCACCGGCGGCGAGCAGGAGGAGAAGUGACCCGGAUCAUCGUCGCCUCCCGGCAAUGCCGGCCCAUGGGGAUUCGGAAGGGGAAAUGAGUGGCGUUGGUUGAAGGGAGAAGCAAAGACCCUGGGUAAUCGCAGCCAGAGGGAGAACUGGGAAUCAGAGCCAGGCUCCUGGACUGGAGGAGACCCCCGAGCACUGACUGGUUCGUACUGGGAUGAGGAUGCUCACCCUGGUUGCUUGCCAUGGAGCAUCGGAGUCAUUGCACACCCAGUUCUACCACGGCUCCGAUCCCAUUCCCGAUCCCCUCCUACCCAUCACUCCUGCAAGGGGGGUCCAUGGGGACCCCCCUGUCUCAUCCCCAAACCCAAGGGGCUGCGUGGCCAAGGGCAGAGCCAGUGAUGCAGAGCCAUGUCCUUGCCAGGAUCACCCCCAAAACAACACAGAGGGAGCAACCCCAUGGGGAAAGUGCCCCCUGAGCUGCCUCUAUGAGGGACUCCGGGCUUCCCAGGAGGAGCCAGAUUCCUGCUCACACCCAGGAACCACUUCCUGGUCCUGGAAGCACCCAGAGCCAGGCCGGGGCUGUUGGGGUCGUCGGAAGCUGGUAUUUAACUGCUGUUAAUGGGGGGUGGAAGCAAAGCCCCCUUGGUUGGGGGGGAGAGCUCAGGGGACUCCCAGCCCCAGCCUGGCAGAGCCGAAGGUGCCACCACCGGGAAGCCCUGACCCUGCAGAAGGGGGGGACACGGGGGUGCCCGUCCCUGGUGCUGCCACCCCUGGGUGCCCGUCCCCAUGGUGCUGGGUGCGGCCGAGCCCGAAGUCAACAGCAGCAGCCACUUCCCAGCUAUGACAAAAGCCGGAUGGUGCCAAGUGCCGGAGUCCAACUCCCCCCAGGUUCGCUCUGUUUGCUCUGCCCCAGCUCACAGCCUGCUCUUUGUCCCCAUUGCAUCUGGGAUCCUGCCCCACACGGAAGGGAGGGAGAGCAGGGAGGUGUCAGCGUGGAUUCGGUGCCCGCAGGCUCAGCUGCGCCCAUCCCCGUGGUAUCUGGGCUCCCAGCGCCGGGAUGGGUGGGA